GGGAACUUUCGGUUAGUUUUGUUUUCUUCUGACAGUUCCAUUCGCUUGCUGUGGAUAUUAUACAUUUCAAUAGCUAAACUUAAGUAAUUAUUUACGAUACAUAGAGAGCAGUGUUUUACCAUCCGGCAGCGUCUUUUUCUUUCUACAAAUGUUUUAAAAAGUCAGUAUUUGUGGCCAGCUUUCAAGUUAGCCGUAGCUGCUAACAAGUGACUGAUUGACGUCGAAGGCGUCAUGCCUCGUAGGAAGAAAAACGGACAGAGCCCGGCCAGAGUCUCCGACUGGGAGCUAGUGGGAGAAAGCCUCGAUCAGGGUUACGCUGUCGCAAUGGCGUCCAACUUUCCCCCCAGCAAAGAAAGCUACAACAGGGAAAAAAUCACCCAAAACAUGCGAGAGAUGUUUUCCCACUUGGACCCUGAAGUUAUACACAUGGUGCUGGCUGAGUGUGACUUUAAAGUUGAAAGUGCAAUGGACGCCCUCUUGGAAUUGUCCAUUGCCGCAGAACUUGCAGCCCCUGUUUUAUUGCCAGUUUCUGGAUUUGAGCGCACUGCUGCAGCCCUGCUUAGUCCUAGUCACGUUUCUCAACCUGCACCAGAAGCUGUCUCAGAGCAGGUCACCUCUCCAUUGUCUACCAGCCUGCUGACAGAAGAGUUGGACUUUCAAGUUGAGCAGGAGCUCCAAAAUCUGACUGCUCCACAGGAAGCUGGCAUCACACUUUCCUUACCUCAAUCACAGCAGGUCUUCCCUGAGCUGCUUCACUUCAAUCGCUGUGGGCGGGGCUCACCUGGGCAUUUGGUGCCGUCUGGACAAUCCUCUCCAAUUGACCCGCUCCGCACUCAGGCCCGGAAGUUGUUUGCGGAUUUCCCACAUCAAAGAACAGAAGAACCUGCGGACAUGUCACAAACCUCUCUGAAUCUUGCAUCUGCAGAACGUCCCUCUGCGUUCCAGAUGUAUAAAAAGAACGGAUCAUCACAUAUCAAUUCUGAAAAUGCAGUCGGAAGAGCUCAGAUGACCGCAACAUCAUGGAAUCUUAAUUCACCUGCUUUCUUUCCUGGCUUUCAUGGAAACCAGAGGCCAUGCUUCAUCACACCUGCUGCACCUUUGAACUGGCCACGUCAAGAUGGGCCUCCCUCUCCGUGGAGAGGUCAAGCACCUCUUAGACAUUCUGCUAAUAUUCCCACAUCCAGGGCCAUGGCUGCUGCCGCACAGCCUCCUAUUCGCUCUAGCAGGCUUCGUUUGGAAGGGAGGGUGCUCGUGUUGAUACGUGGUGCACCGGGAUCUGGCAAAACCACUUUGGCAAGAGCUUUUGUAGAAUAUAACGCAGGGGCAGUUGCACUGAGUACUGAUGACUACUUCACUCGUCAAGGACAUUAUCACUUUGACCCCACUGCUCUUGGGGAAGCUCAUGAGUGGAACCACAAGCGAGCCAAAGAAGCUUUUGAGAGGGGCGCCAAUCCCAUCAUAAUCGAUAAUACAAACAUGCAGGGCUGGGAGAUGAAACCCUAUGUGGCCCAGGCACUGAAGCAUAAUUACAAAGUGCUGUUUCGAGAGCCGGACACUUGGUGGAAGAACAAGCCCAGAGAGCUACAAAGACGCACUAAACACAACGUGCCUGUGGAAACCAUUCGACGCAUGUUGAAUGGAUAUGAGCAGUUUGUCACAGUCAAGUCCAUCAUGGGUUCAUUCAUGCCUGAAUGGAAACAGCGCCUCCUGUUGGAGAACAGAAGCAUGCAGUGUGUGACUCCUGAUGCAAAAUGCCCUGAUCUUGUCAACGAAUCUGGACUGAUGAUAAAAAGUUGCCGUCCCCAUCUGUAUUCCUCCCUUCCUGACGUGUCAUCUACAGGCCAUUUUUGUGAGGUGGGCAAGUUGGAAGACGACAGCCGCACUCGAUAUUCAGUGGAAAACUAUGAACAUUUAGACAAGGAUGAUUACAUGGAUUUGGGGGUGCUGGACUCUGAGCUGGAUGCCCUUAAUCAUCCAUGUGGAAACCAGAGGAUCCCUGACUGUAUUGUGGAAUCGGUGAUGAACCACGGCAGGGAUGAAAUUCCAUUGGCUUGCUCCGAGUCUAUUAAACAAAGUGUACCAAAAUCAAGAAAGAAGUGUGAUUUUUACGAGACACAGUCUUCAGAUCUGAUAAAAGUUAUAAACCAGUCAGGUGACUUGGCGCUGGAGCAAGGACGGAUGAAGGAGGAAGAGGCAUCCGCAGUAGGGAGGGAGGAGGGAGAGAAGUCUCAGAUAUUGCAUUUUGCUGGGGACUCUCCGAAUGAAGUUGCCUUAGAGCAGAGGCAGGAGAGGAAGGAAAGGGAUGAAGCAGGUGAUGGAAAUGCAGACACAGGGGUCUUUAAAGAAGUCAACAAAGACACAGACAAAGAGAAGGCUGGACCUAAUUCUGAGUUCCAGAAGCUUCUUGACCUCAUUCAGACUGGUGUAGUUACUUGCCAGUCGGAUUCUUCAAGUUCAUCCCCUCUUUCGCUAUGCCAUGGACAGAAGUUGGAUACAGUCUGCAAGAUAGAAGAAGCCUUUGGCUGUUGGUCUCAGAGUGAGGAAAGAGAACUGAACUUAAACACAGCUAUAAGCAGUAAAGGUGAUUUACCGGAUUGUGUCUUGGACUGGAAAGCUGCUGACUCUUAUACAGAUGAUGAGGAGGUUCUUAAAAAUGAAACAACAGUUGGUGUAAGAAAGCCAGAUGCUGCUGCAAAUAGCCUAUGGGCUACAGAAGACAAAGAAAUCGAUGACACUGAGCAUGAGGAAGACAUGAAGUGCAAAGAGCAGGGAGACAUUGAGAUGACAGUGCAGCUUGAUAGCAGCCAUUCUAUUGGUGUAUGUCAGGCUCCUGAAGGCAGCUGUGUUCUCAGUGGAGACACCCAAGAACCAAGGCAGCGUCAAGGUCGUAGAUCAGGGAAACAGUGCAAACUAGCCCUCACCUUCACUCAAAACUGCUCAGCUCCAUUACUGAAAACACUUGAAUGUUCCAGUACCACAGUGCAAAAUACUAAUUAUGGUCAAAGUCACCUCAUAACACAUCCUAACUGUGACACCAGCUUCAAUCCUAAACCAGACUUGUUCACCAAGCCCAAAGAAGACAUCCAUCUGCAAGCCUCCUCGCCUCUCUGUCCAGAUGGAGGUUGCCCCACCCAGACUGAACCUCAGGACUUUGCCCUCCUUUGGCGUGUUAAUCGUCAAGACAAUCCACCAUGCACUGCAGUCACUGCUUGCAGCUACUUGGGUAAAAUCACAAUCCUAUGUGGCGACGCCUCGCGUUUUGUACCAGAGCUUGCAUCAGCAGUUUCUGCUGCAGUUGCAGUUCACCCUUCUACUCAAAACUUGAUACCGUACAACGUGGUGCAUGAGAAAGGCACACAGGUGGAGGACACUGAAUUUGGGACAACCCAAAGCCGCCUUGAGAGCCUGAGCAUCCUCAGCCGUCAUUUUAAACUAGUUGGUUUUGAAACAUUGGAAGACUUGUAUGACAAAUGUCAGCAAGACUUGGAGUGGACAACCAACUUGCUGCUGGACUCUGGAGAAAAGCUCUUCAGAGUUGAGGAUGUUUUGGAGGAGCGCAGUGCUCAGGUAAAAGUUGAAGAGACCACUACACCUUUAGAAAAAGCAUUAGAAACCAAAGUGGGGGAUGAGCUUCCCUCUGUAGAGCCGACUGAUAUUGUCCACAUUCUUCAACAAUCUGCAUGUGAGGCACUCCGCAAGUUGGGUGGGACCUCCUGCAGUGAUUUAUCUAGUUUUGGAGGCACAGCUUCUCCAGUCAGAAACACAAACCAGUUUGAUACACUUUCACACACAGUAAAAGACAAUCCAAGUGCAACUGCUUUGGAAAAAGAUGCUGACAAUGAACCCAAAGGAACAAUGGAGGAGUGGAGUGUUGAGACUGAAGAUGACAUUGCCAGUUUGGAUGAGGUCAACCGGCUGCUGGAAGAGUUGGAGAGCGUAGAAGGACAGAAGAAAGAGGAAAGGAGUGGUGUGCAAGAGAGAGGCAGCCAUGUCCUGAACAUACAGUGUGUGGAACUGAAACUACCCACUGAGUUGGCCCUGCAACUAACUGAACUGUUUGGACCUGUGGGGAUAGAACCAGGUACAUGCUCUUCUGAAGACUAUGCAGUGCAGAUGGACAUGAACCUGGCUAAGCUGCUCCACCAGAAGUGGAAAGAAACAAUUCAGGAAAGACAAAGAGAAGCAUCUAUUUCCUGCCACUUACCUCAAAACACACCAUGGAGUGGAUCUCACCUGGGCAAAGCGAUAUCGCAUCUCCGCAACAAAGAUGCAGACAGUCAAGCUGGGCUGCCAGUCAUGGACCACUGGAAUUUCUCCCAGCCUCCCAUCUCUCUACGGAACAUAAUGAAAGAGGAGCUGGUCAUGCAGAAGAACAUGGAGAAGUCGAGACAAAGUAGGCGUGAUGGAGCGUCCAUGUUGAAAGAGGAGCAGCUUUACUCCCGUUUCCCCACCAUUGACAGACACUUUCUCCAGGAAAUAUUCAGGGACCAUAAUUACUGCCUCAGCCAGACGGUACUGUUUCUCAACUCCUUACUGGACCAGGAGCCUGUCAAGACCAUUGUUGCUCCAGAACUGUCUAAAUCCGACCACUACAGACCUGCCAGCAAAGAGAGGGAACAGAGGCAGAAGAUUCCGGACUCUUCCAUACCCCUCCAGAACUACCAGGACACAGAGGAUCCUCAGUAUGAGGACUUCAGGGCCGAGGCGAGUCUGCAAAGAAGUCGGCAGCUCGAGUGUUUUUCUAAGGCUGCUGAGGCUCACAAGCAAGGACGCAAACAGGUGGCUUCAUUUUAUGCACUGCAGGGACACUUACACGGGCAGAAAAUGUAUGAGGCCAACCAUCGUGCAGCAGUCCAGAUCUUUGAGAGGGUCAACUCCUCGCUUCUCCCGAACAACAUUUUGGACCUCCAUGGGCUGCACGUGACUGAGGCCCUGGAGCAUCUGGACCGUGUCCUCCACGACAAAAAAACAGACUGUGAACAAGGUCUGUGUAGACCGCAGCUCUCUGUCAUCACAGGAAGAGGCAACCACAGCCAGGGGGGCGUGGCCCGCAUCCGCCCUGCCGUUAUAAACUACCUCACCAAAGCACACUACAGGUAUAUAUGCACACACACACACACAGAUGAUGUGUCUCACAAGUCACUCUUAUCUCCUUAUCUCGCAGGUUUACAGAGCCAAAGCCGGGCCAUGUGUUGGUUUCUUUAAAGUAAAGAAGAAGCUGGUGUUAAAGCCGCCAUAAGAAACAAUGCUUACCAACACAUUCACAAAGAUCACUAUGCUACACUCAGGCUUCUUUCUUCUUCAUCUUCUUUUUGUGUCUUAAAACAGCCCAAAAACUCUUCUUCUUAGUGAAACCUUCUUAAUUGAAAUCUUAAUUCCUUCUUAUGGCGAUAAUUAUUAUUUUAUGACUCUGCAAAGCAACAAAGUUUGCAUAUUUUAUAACAAAUUCUUAAAACGGUGUGCUGGCUUUGCAAUUGUUUCAGUUGCGUUUAAGGUAUUUUUAGUAUCAGAAGUGAGGCAGAUCCUCUUCGGUUGUUCUUUAUGGUUUUAAAUGAUACCUUACUUUUCCAUAAUUGGUCUUACUUGGAUUUUAACAUUUCAUGUAAGUUGGACAUCCAGGAGGAGAGUCUACAUUCAUUUGAACCUGAUCAUGUAUCGGAUGCCAGCUACUGUGGCUGUGCGGAAGGGUGUUGGUAAACCUCCCUCCCAGACACCGUGACAUCAGCGUUGGCACAAUGAAUUGAGAGCUCUGGCUUUUAGCUUGUUGGAUAGCACUGCUCAGCUCUCAUUUAACAGGCAUCUGUGGACACGGGUUUGAACCACACACCCAACUAACAUCAAUCUGAGUGUAAAAAAUGUAUUUACUUACGUUUUAAAGACCAAAGUAUUUAUGAUGAUUAUUACCAGUGUGUGUGUGUGUACACACACACACUGUAUAAUACAGUAUAUAUUUGUACUGCAGACUGCAAUAUAUUGUAAAAGCUGUGAAGAGAGUUGUUUUUUUUAUACAAUGUAUAUUGAUGCCUUGUAAUUGUAAUUGGAUGGUUGUAUAAAGGAAUAAAAAUCUGUUGUUUCAUAUUGAUUGCA